CUUCGAUACGCUUUCUGGUUGAGGAAGUGACCCAGGAAGAGUCGAAGUAGAAUCAAGAUGUCAGAGAAAAAACUACGACUGAUUACCUACCUGUCCCCAGGUGUGCCUGUUCAAUUAUUUGAGACAGUAAUGCAAUACCUGGAAGAAGCGUUAGGUAGGGAAGCUUACCUCAUUUAUGAAUCAAGGUGGACUGGUCCUCCAAGAGACCGCACUGACCCCUUCACAGCGGAUGAGGUCGACAUAGGCUUUAUGAGCAGUGAAACAUUUCUACCACUGCAGCAUAAGAAGAAUUCAUGUGUUGAGUUGUGUGGUGCAGCCCCACUGCAUGUUCAUUCUAAAGGCCAAGGUAAUGCGGUCUAUUUCUCUGACCUGAUCAUCAACACAGGAGACGUUGGGGAUUAUAAAGAGGUCCAUGAUUUGCGGGGACACAGUUUUGCCUAUGUGGACGAAACCUCUCUCAGUGGAUGCCUUGUUGUGCUGCAAGAACUCAAAAAGAUGGGAUUCAAUUCAAGUUUCUUUGGGAAUGUUUUACAGUCAGGCUCCCACCUAAACUCCAUACAGAUGGUACUGAACAAGACAGCUGAGUCAGCAGCAGUGGACUCGACGGUCUUAUACAAUUACCUCAAACAGAAUCCACAGCAUCAUGAAAAAAUUACUGUGCUCAAGUCUUUUGGACCUCUUCCCAUCUACCCAGUUGUCCUCAACUCACGCCUUCCAGAUGAUCUCAAAGGGCAGAUAACCCAAGCACUGUUAGACAUUACUAGUAAAAAGGAUUGGCUGAAGAAACUAGAAACUUUUGGAGUGACUGGAUUCAAGCAAGUGGACAUGUCUUCCUUACUCAAAGAAAAGGAACUCCUUGAUUCAGUUAAAAAGCUCAGUAUAACAGCAGCAUACUACUAGAGGUUCAUUUAUCAAUGACAAACUGUGAUGGAAUCAUGUGGUUUUGGUAAUUUUACUGUAUUUAACCUAAAAGAGCAGAGAACUUUGAAAUUUUUGAUAACAAAAAAUAGUAAUAAAGGCUUCAUAUAUCUCUAUGAGAAUUUGUAUUCAUAAAUAAUUAUAAAUACAGGUAUGGUUUGAUGAUAGGUGGUAACACUACGUCAUGAAGUUGGGGUUAAGGAAGAUGUCAGACUUGUAUUGGAAAGAGAUCUUGCUAAGUUGAAUACAGUUUAAUGCUUUCAAAAUUUCUUCACAGUUGUCAUUAUUGCAUAAUUUGGUAUGGGGCUAUCAAUAAAAAUAAAAUGCUUGUUAAUGUUUCUGAUAUAAAGUAAAAUAGAUUAAAAUUAACACUUCAAUAUACAGUAUAGAUUUUUACAGUGUAUGCAUGCAUCUGUUGUAGUAUGGUGUUGAUGUUUUGAAUGUGAUUAAUUACAUACAGAGAUUAAUUAUAGAGAAAAGGUUAUUAUAGAUAACGAUAAGAUCAAUUUUUAAUUGGCUACAGCUAUCUUAAAAUCAAAACAGAGAAAAAAGGCAUUAAUAGUUGGUGCAAUGUUUUAUGGCAAAAAGUGCAUUACUAGUGUAUAUGUAUAUAUAGGAUUAAAUUUCUAAUGAAGAAUGUUGUACUGAAAUUGCUUACUUACAUGUUGUUAAGAUAUUAUUUCUGAAUAACUCAGGAGACUAGCCUAUUGUUUUUUAAUGUUUUUCACAUUUCAGUCAGUCUAUGUCAGAAAUAUAAAAUUACUGUUAUUUACAACGUACAGUGUUCAUCAAGGUUCUUAUGUUUUUCAUGACAUAAAACUGUUUAUUUUCAUUGCCAUGUUGAUAACGGCUCGAGUAUAAGAGCUAUAGGACUUGCACAGUCUGUCAAUACUUGCCAGUCAUCCUCAUUUAGACUUUAAAAUCAUCUAAAUUACUCACUCAUUUCUAGAGUGUUGACCCACACCUUUGAUAUAUUGCAAAAAAUGACUUUCAAUUGAAUGCCUUUGCAAAGCCUUUAGGAAUUACUUUCCCUCAGGGGUUAAGUGUUUUUCUGAGACACAUCUUGGUGCUUUUGAAACAAGAGUUCAGAUGAUAUUUUCAAAUUUUGUUCUAUGAUUGAAGGACAUAGUGAAACUGUGGUGAAUGUUUGUCCAUAUAUUGUACUAAAUUGUUUCAAGUCUCUGUAUGGAAAAGUGCAUACUAAUGUCUGAUGUAAGAUUUGAAGUUGACUUCCAGUUAAUGGGACCAUUUUAAUAGUGUAAGAUAUUGUAUGAAGAAAUUCAGGGAUUUGUUGUAGGUAAUUGUGUAUGUAUAAAUACAUGUUUAUGUGUAUGCUUGGCCAUAUAAAUUCUAUUUCGUAUUUUUGUUUUUAACAAAAUUAGGACCUGUUUAAUAAAUCGAGUUAUGGAUUAGUCGGAUAUUUAUCAGAUAAGUAAUUAGUAUAUAUCCAAGAAUCUCCUGUAUUUGCUAUAAACACAAAUAUAUAUAUAUAUUGAUAAUCAUUUAUACUUAUUUGAAUAUUUUCUGUAAAGAUAUCUGGUUGGCAUGACCGUUGUUGUUUAAAGUUGUAGGAAUUCCAACUCUGACGAUGUUUUUGUUGAAAUGACAAUAUAGAUUUCUUGUUGUUUUCAUUCAUAUGGUUGUCUUUGUUGCCAUGACAACAGUUGUUGUAUAUAGUUGUCAUUCAUAUUUAAAGAAUGUGUUUGUUGACACGAUAUGAUUUACAUAAUUGUAGGAAUUUAUGAUAAGAUAAAUCGACAACAAUCCGAAGUUCUCAAAGGACAUCUGUAAUGAUAUAACAACAUUAAUAUGACAACUGUUGCUUAGAAUUAAGGUUAAAUAAAAGUGCAUAUAUAUUUUUUGGGAUUCAAGCUAAACGCUUGUUUUAUUGACAUAUAAACAGUCAUAAAUUAAAAAUUUGAAAUAUUUAAGCUCAAAGCAUCUUUUGUUGAAAGAUCAACAUUGUACUAUA